UCGGUGGAACGUGCUAGAAGAGACUUGAGAGAGCCCUGUGAAGAUGGAACAGCAAAAGGAAGACACUGGGCCUGAGGGGAACAGCCUGUCCCUGCCAUCACCUGGGACUGCAUCGUGGCCCCCUCUGCCUUUCCCAGCCCUGUCACCUUCUCUCUUGGGCACCCCAGAUCCAGCCCACCUGGGGCUCCCUGAGAGCCUGGCCUCUGUCACCGUCCCCAUCCGUCUGGACGCCCUCUCCUACCUUCUGCACAGUGCCCUGCUGGGGGCAUACACCCUUCAACAGUCCUUGGCCUCCUGCCCCUGCAACCCUCAGUCAAGCUGCACCCACCCGGGCACCACCAAGAGGCCAUCCAGGGGACGUGGGGGCUGGGAAGUCCCACGCAGGCCAGGCCGGGGCCGGGGCCGGGGCCGGGGCCAGAGGCCAUGGGGACCUGGGAGGGCUGAGCAGCCAGAGAAGGGCUGGUCAGGGGACUCUGGGGCUGGCCCCAGAACCCUGCUGAAGACACCGCCAUCACCCCUACCAACGCCUGCCCAGGAUGGGAAGAAGGACGUGCAAGGUCCGGAGCCACCUCUGGACCCGUCCCCUGUGGCUGAGGACUGGGAUGCUGAAUACUAGGACUCUGGGGGAGGAUGGGUUCGGGGUUUUCCUGGAGCCGAGAGCAAUGUCAGUCCUGUCAGAAAUACCCUAAGAAGCACCCAGCUCCCAUCCUUCUUCCCCCAAAACCAUGGCUUUAGGAGUGGGGCCUGAGUCCGCUGGCGAAAUCUGGACCUGAUUUAGGAUUCCAAGCCAGAGAAAGCCUUAAACCUCACACCCUAUGACUCUCCCCAUUCUGACCCCAGCUAUAGCGGACAACCCUCUCCUCGUUCUCAACCCCAGGGGCUCCUCCAACCCCAUCCCGACCCCAUUCUUAACCCCACAGCCAUUCCCACGUGCCUGGGCAGCCCUCAUCCCACCCCCCCGCUCUCAGUGCCGUAUUCCCAAUACCGUUCAUUGCCGUCUCCACCUUAGCCCACCUCAUUCCUAGCUGCUUCAUCCUCACUCCCCACCUGCCUCAGGCCAACCCAAUCCUGACCCUUCACCCA